AUAACCUUUUAGAGUAGUCAAUAUUUAUAAUGUGUACUUAUAAAUGAUGACAUACCACUUUUUAAAAUAAUUAUAUGUAAACAAAUGUCCAUCACAUUUUCUGCGCGAUUCGUUGAGCAAUUAUAUUUUUUAAAACACACAAUUUGUCCAUCACACUAUCGUUUUUUUUUUAUGAUUCGGGGUUAUGUUGUGAUAUUUACUUUAGUAUAAUGUUCAAGUUCUAUUUCAAUAAACUGUUAUUCAGUCUAAAACUAGUAUACUUCGUAGCUUUAGCAAUGACAUGUUUAAUGAAUAUAAAAAAUGCAUCUGCCACCGUUUGUUCGUUGUCUGAAUGUAAAAAUUCGGUAAAAACAGAGGUGUUAGCUAUGUUCUCCCGAUCUAUUGCCAUUGCAUGCCUCUUAUCCAGAAUUACGAUUAUGUACAAGAGUAAGAGUGAUUUUCCGAACUACGUGAAAAAAGUUGAAGAGUAUGAACUGUACUUUCCGGUAAAUAUUUCCCAGAAAAGACAUCUUCGCUUCAUUUCAAUAGCUAUAAUAUUUGCGUACAUCGUAAUCAUACUGCCCAUAAACAUAUUAAGGAUUUAUUUAAUUUACUCCAAUUUCGGAAAGAUAAACACGAUGAUUUUUUAUAUAAUGAUGUACUUACACAAUUGGAGCAUUUGCUCCACAGAAAUACAUUUUAUUGUACGCUGUAUCGGCUUGUACCAAAAAUUCCAAUCGAUCAAUGAAGAAAUGGCCACGCUGAAGCUAAAAAAUAUAGUCACAAAUAAAUAUCCAGUUGUGUUACAAAGUGAAAGACACAGUUAUAAUAACACAUUAUUUAUUGGUUUGGAAUCCCACGGCGGUUCACCCCUUUCAAUAUUCAAUGUGCAGCAACCAGCCAACCACGUUGAACUACUCAGGAUGAAGCAUCAGUUUGUCCGAGGCAUCGUUGUUGAACUCAACGACUUGUACGGAAUUCAAUUGGGAUUGUCGAUAUGUCUGUUAUUUAUAAUGACAUUAUUCGAUAUUUACGGGGAAAUGUCUGUUGAAUCCAACGUAACCAAAACGCACGUUCUAUUCUACGGAUGGCUGCUACAAUACUCUUUCAGAUUUUGUGUAAUCGUAUUGACAUCGCAUGUAACUACAACACAGGCACAUAGGCCAAAAACGAUUAUAACUGAUAUAAGAAGUCGUCACACAGAUAACAAUACAAAAAAAGAAUUACAACUAUUUUUAAGCCAAUUGUCUAGUCGUCCUGUAGAAUUUACUACUUGUGAUUUGUUCACACUGAACAUUCGCCUCAUUACUUCUGCUUUUGUUGCUGGUACAACUUUCUUAAUUUUACUAUUACAAUUCCACUGAAGACUGAACACAUAAGGAAUAAGGACAUUUAUCAUAACUACUUAUUACAAAAAUAAU